AUGGUGGAACCAUUUUGGAAGGAUUUCAUAAAGUACAAGCUGUUAGAGAAAGCACAACAACUAACUGAGGCAACUAAGGCCAACUCUCACAAGAAAUUAUACCCCCACAGAACUAGCUCGUAUGGGUAUGGGAGGAAAUACGACGAGUGGGAAGAGAUGGAAGAACAGCACAUCGACAGCGUGGUGUGCACGGAGGAGGCCGGGUCACGCACCUGCUACAGCACGGUUGACAUGAGUCACACAGGACGAGCGGGGCCGCGUCACCACAUCGGCCACGAGCGCGAGGAGGCGGAAGGAGGCGUCGCCGUCGUCGGUCGAGCGGUGGAGGAGGUGCGCUCGUCGCUCAACGACCACGCCGACGUGGUAGCGCACCUCUUCGGCCGCGUCUCCUCCGAACUGCGCACCGGCUUCGCCCCCGCCCCCGACUCCUUCCUCGGUUUCUUCCACGCUGUCGACUGGAAGAGAAGACCACCUACUUUGUGGUGCGACAAUCUUGGAGCUAAUCCUGUGUUCCAUGCUCAAACUAAGCAUGUCAAGAUCGAUUUUCAAUUUGUUCGAGAGAAGGUAGCAGCCAGAGCUUUAGAGGUGAAGUUCAUUUCAUCUGCAGAUCAGAUAGCAGAUAUCUUUACAAAGCCCCUUGCUCGUGAUGUGUUUGAAUGGCUGAAGUACUAUCUCAACUUGGUGCUUAUAAAGAGUGAUCGAGGGGGACUGUCAAAGGAACUAGUCGGACAUUCCGGUGAGUGUGAUGCUCAUGUCAAAAGUUGUUCCGGUGUGGUUGAAAUAGAAACGGUAUAGAUAGAGGGAAGUUUAUCUGUAGAUUUUAUUGAUUGAUCCCUGCUCUAUUCGGCUGUAAUGUUUUCAUGUACAUGCAUGCAAUUGUUGUAUAAAUAGUAGUUGACAGGCCUUGCUAGGGUCCAGAGCGGCGGAUUCAUCAA